CAUCUCUCACAGGACACAUCGUCGUCUCGAGUUAGCUUAGUCGAAAUCUUCUGAAGAGCAGUCAUGCGCGAGUGUAUCAGCAUCCAUGUUGGCCAAGCCGGAGUCCAGAUCGGCAAUGCAUGCUGGGAACUGUACUGUCUGGAACACGGAAUCCAGCCCGACGGUCAGAUGCCCUCAGACAAAACCAUCGGUGGUGGGGACGACUCCUUUAACACCUUCUUCAGUGAGACUGGGGCAGGGAAGCACGUUCCCCGUGCUGUAUUCGUAGAUCUGGAACCGACCGUCAUCGACGAAGUCCGUACGGGUACCUAUCGCCAGCUCUUCCAUCCUGAGCAGUUAGUCACUGGUAAGGAAGACGCUGCUAACAACUACGCCCGCGGUCACUACACAAUCGGCAAAGAGAUCGUGGACCUUGUCCUGGACCGCAUCCGCAAGCUGGCUGACCAGUGUACGGGUCUUCAGGGCUUCCUCAUCUUCCAUAGCUUUGGAGGAGGUACCGGUUCUGGAUUCACCUCACUGCUUAUGGAGCGACUCAGUGUUGAUUAUGGCAAGAAGUCCAAACUGGAGUUCGCCGUCUAUCCAGCACCCCAGGUGUCCACAGCUGUGGUUGAGCCCUACAACUCCAUCCUGACCACCCAUACCACCCUGGAGCACUCCGACUGUGCCUUCAUGGUCGACAACGAGGCCAUCUACGACAUUUGUCGCCGUAACCUUGACAUCGAACGUCCGACCUACACCAACCUGAACCGCCUAAUUGGUCAGAUCGUCAGCUCAAUCACGGCUUCUCUCCGAUUUGAUGGCGCCCUCAAUGUGGACUUGACCGAGUUUCAGACCAACCUGGUACCCUACCCUCGCAUCCACUUCCCUCUAGCUACCUAUGCCCCAGUCAUUUCCGCAGAGAAGGCUUACCACGAGCAGUUGUCUGUGGCUGAAAUCACCAACUCCACAUUCGAACCUGCCAACCAGAUGGUGAAAUGCGAUCCACGUCACGGCAAAUACAUGGCCUGUUGUAUGUUGUACAGAGGCGAUGUCGUGCCAAAAGACGUCAACGCCGCCAUUGCUACCAUCAAGACCAAGAGAACUAUCCAGUUCGUCGACUGGUGCCCCACAGGGUUCAAGGUCGGCAUCAACUACCAGCCUCCAACCGUCGUCCCUGGUGGUGACUUGGCCAAGGUCCAGCGAGCUCUCUGCAUGUUGAGCAACACGACGGCCAUUGCUGAAGCCUGGGCCCGUCUUGACCAUAAGUUUGACCUUAUGUACGCCAAACGUGCCUUUGUCCACUGGUACGUGGGAGAAGGUAUGGAGGAGGGCGAGUUCUCGGAGGCUCGGGAGGAUUUGGCCGCUCUAGAGAAGGAUUAUGAGGAGGUUGGCGUCGACUCCGUGGAGGAUGAAGGCGAAGGGGAAGCCGAGGAAUACUAGAUCAACUGAAAUGAACAAAAGACCCGAACAAAAAGUUAUACAUUUGGGUUUAAUGUCAACAUCUAAAUUCCAUAUCAAUGAAUUUCAGUUUUCUUUCAAAGAUCACAUUCUUCGAAAUGCUGGAAUGUGGCUCCAAUGUGAGCCCAACAUAGCCUCUUUUAUUCCAUGUAUUCAUUGGAUA